AUGGGAUACGUUAAUCCUUCAUCUCGGCGGCUUGGAUUGUCCUGUGCCAACUGUCAUACCACAACCACCACCUUAUGGCGCAGAAAUGCCGAGGGUGAACCCGUGUGCAAUGCUUGUGGACUCUACAUGAAACUCCAUGGGGUGCCUCGACCGCUUGCUAUGAAAAAAGAGGGAAUUCAAACCAGGAAACGAAAACCUAAGAACAUAAAUAAGUCAAAGACUUGCUCUGGUAAUAGCAAUAAUUCCGUUCCUAUGACACCAACUUCCACCUCUUCUAACUCAGAUGAUUGCAGCAAAAAUACUUCCCCUACAACACAACCUACAGCCUCAGGGGCGGGUGCCCCGGUGAUGUCUGGCUCGGGAGAGAGCACUAACCCCCAGAACAGCGAGCUCAAGUAUUCAGGUCAAGAUGGGCUCUACAUAGGCGUCAGUCUGGCCUCACCGGCUGAAGUCACAUCCUCGGUGCGACAGGAUUCCUGGUGUGCUCUGGCCCUGGCGUGAGCUGGCACUGCCAGGAGGUGGGAGGACUCCACGUGGGCCUGGCACUACUUGUGUCUGAUUUUGUCCAGUGGUCCAGACAGUGGCGACUCUGUUGACAAGAACAUUCCUCCGAUGCGUGAUUUCUGUGCCUUUAUUUUGAAAGAGAUAUAUUUCCUAAGAGGCUUGCUGAAGAGUAAGAGAAGAUGGAGCUCUUCCAGGGAAGGGCCAGAGCAGCCCAGCACGUCACCUCCUCCCUCUGGCCAGGGCCACUGCCAGCCUGCCUGGCGCUGGGUCGGCCCCUGCGCCACUUGCUGCGAUCAGGACUAGGACGGGGGCCUUGCCUGCUAAGGAAUAUUGAGAGAGAUUUUUUUAAAAAGAUUUUAUGUGUAUUGCCCCAAAUCGUGUACUUCUUCUGAUCAAUGUUGGUUAUUCCAGGAUUUCUUCAUAUCCUUUCCACAUCUGAAUUUCACAUGCGUUCAUGGAGAAGAUCAUUUGAGGCUCUUUGGUACACAUCUCUGGAGGCUGAGUCUGUUCAUGAGGUCUCUUGUGAAAAUAUUAUUUGGUUUGCAAGACUGCAUUAUAACUUUAAUGUACACUGUGACUGACGUUUCUCAAAGUUCAUAUUGUGUGACUGAUCUGAAGUCAGUCAGAAUUUGUAAACAGGGUAGCAAAUAAGAUAUUUUUCUUCCAUGUAUACAAUAAUUUUUUUAAAAAGUGCAAUUUGCGUUGCAGCAAUCAGUGUUAAAUCAUUUGCAUAAGAUUUAACAGCAUUUUUUAUAAUGAAUGUAAACAUUUUAACUUAAUGGUACUUAAAUAAUUUAAAAGAAAAAUGUUAACUUAGACAUUCUUAUGCUUCUUUUACAACUACAUCCCAUUUCUAUAUUCCCAGUUGUUAAAAAUAUUUCAAGAACAAAUCUUCUCUCAGGAAAAUCGCCUUUCUCCAUUUGUUAAGAAUUUUUAUACAAGAACACCAAUAUACAACCUUUAUUUUACUGUGGAAUAUGUGCUGGAAAAAUUGCAACAAAACCUUACUACCUAAUGGAUAGCAUUUGUAAAUACUCUAGGCAUCUGUAAACACUCUGAUGAAGUCUGUACAGUGUGACUAACCCACAGGCAGGUUGGUUUACAUUAAAUUUUUUUUUUAAAUGGGAUGUCAUAUGGAGACCUAUUUCACCAGAGUUUUAAAAAUAAAGAAAGGGUAUUGUUUUGUCUUCUGUACAGUGAGUUCCUUCCCUUUUAGCUUCAUUUUGAUGCUUUAUGUGGCUGUAGAUACUCAUAUAAAACAAGUACAUGUGAUGCUU